UGUGCGCUCUCGGCUCGGCAGCAGGCGGGACGCGGCGGCCGCGCUGCUCUUGCUCCUUUGUGCUCGGACGGCGGCGGUGGCCUCUCGGGUCCUCCCUGAGACGUCUUCUCUGCUCGCCAGUCCGCGCUCUUCCGUGACGGACCAUGUCGGCGGUGGGAGCGGGCGCGGGUGUGGAAGCGGGCUUCUCCAGCGAGGAGCUGCUGUCGCUCCGCUUCCCGCUGCACCGCGCCUGCCGCGACGGGGACCUGGCCGCGCUCUGCUCGCUGCUGCAGCAGACGCCGCGCGCCCACCUGGCCGCCGAGGACUCCUUCUACGGCUGGACGCCGGUGCACUGGGCCGCGCACUUCGGCAAGUUGGAAUGCUUGAUACAGUUGGUGAGAGCAGGGGCUACCCUGGACGUCUCCACCACCCGUUACGCACAGACCCCAGCCCACGUUGCCGCUUUUGGGGGACACCCUCAGUGCCUCGUCUGGUUGAUCCAAGCAGGAGCCAGCAUUAACAAACCGGACUGUGAGGGCGAGACUCCUGUUCACAAGGCGGCUCGCUCUGGGAGCCUGGACUGCAUUAGUGCCCUGGUGGCUAACGGGGCUCAAGUCGACCUGAGAAAUGCCAGUGGCCUGACGGCAGCAGACAUUGCUCAAACCCAGGGUUUCCGAGAGUGCACCCAGUUUCUCUUGAACCUCCAGAAUUGCCAUCUGACUCGUUUCCAUCACAAUGGCACCUUAAACGGAGGCCAUCCGAGUAUAUUUCCUAAUCACGUUAGUGUGGGAACAAACCGCAAGAGAUGCUUGGAGGAUUCGGAACCCCUUGGAGUGAAGAGAGCCAGAACCGCAGCCCACAGUCUGGAUGAGUCCAUGCCGCUCGUGAGUGGUGAGGCGGAAGACGACCCCGACAAGAUGCACGUGGACAGAGAGCUCGUCACAGAUAUGAAAAACAGUAGCUCCGUAUCGAACACACUGACAAACGGCUGUGUCGCCAAUGGACACUCGGACUUCCCCUCCUCGGCGCAGCCCGGUGGGAUGGAGAGCAGGAGUGGUCAGUGCCCGGCAGGCCUUAACGGAGUCGGCGCUGGCCUGGCUCCAGGGCCGCCUUUCCCGAGCGGCCAGGGCUCCGCCGGCGUUAACGGGACUGAGGAGCCGGAAAGGAGCCCUCACGUCAGCCCGGAGACGUGCGGCUCUCUGCACCUCGACGGGAGCCCGAGCAGCUGCGUGGCCAGCAGGCCGUCCUGGGCGGAGGAGAGCCUGCGCUACGGACACUACCACGGCUUUGGGGACACGGCCGAGAGCGUCCCCGAGCUCAGCAGCGCGCUGGAGCACGCCGGCCCCGCGCCGGCGGAGCAGGGCCACCACGGCGCCGCGCACCUGCCCCACGGCUCCUAGGGCCGCGGGCCCCCGCCGCCGGGUUAGGGUUAGCCGUGCGGCGGCGCGUGCUUUCGCUUUCUGCAAGAGCGCGCUCCGUGCGGCAGGCCGCCUCAAGCCCCGGCGCGAGCGCAGGCAGGGCUUACCCAGCGCACGGCUGUCUCCGCGGGGCAGGGGGCCUCUUUCAGGACGCGCUUUCAGAACUUACGUUUUCUGCUGCCAAUCUCGAUAUUCUCUUCUGAAUACUGUCACCUUAAAUUGCCAUUUCCCCUUCUGUCGAAUUAAAUUUUAUCUGAUGAAGGAUUGGAGACAGUUGAGUGAGGUGCCUGGUAAACCCGCCCCUUGGCAGGUGGGCAUCACUUUGAAGAGCUUGCUGUUCCUCUUCCCUGUGGGAUUUUUGACAGAAGACAACUAUGCCCCAGGCAGGGCACAGCCUUACACGGAUUUCCUGCCGCGAUUUGUACGAGAAAAGAGCGUUUGUCUUUUUCAUGGAACCUUUGCUGCCUGCCACGUGGUGAAGAUCUUCCUGGUACACGCACACUGGCCUGAGGACGCCCACGGUGCCUCCUUGAACGGUGGCGCUCGCUGCCCUGUUUGCACCGGCGGCGCGUGCGGCCUGGGCCUGGCUGCCGACCCGCCGUGCUUUCACCCGGGUUUCCUACUCGGGCCUGAGGAUUUCUACCGCAGACAACGGUUUCCUCUGUAUGCAGUGGGAGUUAUUCUUUGUAGGGACUGCCAGGUCAACAUACCUAACUGACCCUUUCGACCUAUUCUUUCUCUUCUCCUUGCUUCUGUUUCUUGGGGGUUUCUGCUUUAAAAUAUAUACCACAAUGUGUAUCCUGUUAACAGAAUUUUGAAUCUCUCUUAAUAAAGCUGCGUUGUUUAUGGAUUUAUAGAAAUUAGCUUUUGUUUACGCAGCUAGUGGUCACACUGUGCGGCUGUUGUCGUGAAUUUUUACUUUUCUGAUUUUUGUGAUAAAAAAUUGGUGGAUAGAAGAUGCGUCAGAUGAACAAAACCAAUGUUCUCCGAGUGUUACUAACGUUUUGUUUUUAAGCUGUCCUUUACAGAUUGAAUAAAAAACUCUCACACGC